GUUAGCUUGCAGGCAUCGCGCUCUCAGUCACAGUGCGGAUGUGGCUCAGUGUCGCAGCAAGUUCGUUCGUCUUGUUGUCUGCUCGUUAUGGGAGAGCGAAGGGGCUCACAAGCUCAAUACAGACACACAGACUGUUUUCGAGAGGGUUUUGAGAGGGUGCUGACAGAAUGUCCCGACAGAGCUUUCCAUUCUGACUUAUUUCGUCAGGCCAUUUUGGCGCACGAGAAUAGCGAGACGGCAACGCGUGAGUUCCAGAUGAGCAAGGAGAUCGACCCCAACAACGUCACACCUCUUGUUCUCGACUACAUGUAUACGGGACGUAUUCUAUUGACUCUAGGAAACGCCGUGCAGCUGUGGAAGGUGGCAGAUUUCCUCCAGAUGUCGGGGCUAAUGUCAUUAGUGGAGCAGUUUGUAGAGGAGACGGUGAGCAUGACAAAUGCGUGGGAGGUGUGGACAGAUUGCAUCAGUCUCCGCGUUGAACAAUUCAAAAGCAAGGCCAUCUCUCAUAUUGUCAACAACUUUACGUUCACCAAGGCUCAGGAUUACAGUGGAAUUCCCGAGGAGGCGUUCCUAGCUCUUCUCAUUCAUGAACGACUCACUGCACUGAGGAAAUUUGUGUUAACGUCGAAAUACAUAGCAGAUAAUCCUUCUCCGUCUGAUUACUUUCUACAUCGGGUAGAAGAAAUCUUGGAAAGUGCUAUUCCAAGUGUUACCAUGAAGUUUCUAUAUCAUGUCUCAGCAAAGGAAGUGAUGUUGGUACCGACACAACUUCUUGCCAAACUCCUUUUGCAAGAUGACUUGGAAGUCGAUCAGGAGUAUGUUGUCUAUGAAUUUGUUAUGGAUCUGUUACAUAUCCGGGGUGUUCAAGGUAUGGCAGAGCUAAGGAAGGAUGCGAAGAGUUGGCCUUCUGUUAGUGCUUACGCUCGCUUGGAGACCGAAAAUUGCGGAAGAAGUAAACCAUUAGACGAGCAGGAGGCUCAAAAUCUACUGAAGGUCGUUCGGUUUUCACAACUGUACAAGCGUGAGUUGUUCGAGGCGCAUCAAAAUCCUCUCAUACCGAGAGACCUACUGCUUGCUCACUCGUUACGUCGACUUGACACCUUUGAAUUUGGCUCAUGCUGUUGUCUCGCAAACCACGAAUCCGACAUUAUAUUUGCUCCUAGAGCUUCCUACGACGGCCCUCACAUUUCUAGCAUUUCGGUCUUACUGAGCCAGUGCUCGGGUGUCGACAUCAAACAAUUCCGUAUUUGUCUCGAAAUGACCGAAGCGAUCAGCCUGUCGAAAUGGGAAAAAGUGCAGGCGGCAUACGGUCCAGUCGACAUACCCGUCUCAUUGAUCCAAGGCAGUCAAUGGAUCGAGUUCAAGAUGAAAAAGCCGUUCAAGUGGAGGAAACGAAUGAACCUAGUCGUUGAAAUGGCCCGACUGAAUUGCUCCAUGACAUGCGAUCUCGGUUCACUAUUCUGUUUUCACAAGGAUGGUGCUCACUCUGUUGAAGGCACGAGUGAUGAUGUCCAAGGAGAGAACACUACUUAUCCCAAGCCAACAAACAGAUGCCCAAACUACUUGCCAGCACUGAGACUCUUUACAGUGGAAGGAGACGAAUACCAGAUUCGACGAUUGGCAACAUAUUCGGUAUGCCGUGGACCCUUCAAUGGUCAAUGCACAUCAUCGUGGAUGCAAAGUCUGUAUCGAUGGGGAGACUUUUAUCUUGUGGAUUGAUCAGCCAUAUGUAAAGCAUCAGAUAUAUAUGCGACUGUUAGUGUUAGUGACUGACAUACCAAUGAAUCUAUGAUAGAGUGGAUUUGUAAUUGAUGGGGACAUUUAUUACUUUUGUGGACUCUGAUGUAGUACAUAGUCACGGUACGUUUGUUUAUACAGUCGUAGGUGAGUUAAUUAAUGCGUGAGUGGAACAGAGUGACUGUCUGCAACAACAUGACAGU